UUUCUCAUGUCAUAGAAUAAUUAGGUGACUUUCUUCGUGGUCUCUCGUCUCAUUUCUUCACUUACUCUGUCUGUUAAAUUACUUGCAACACUAUGUUGCUUAUGUCUGAGUGACCACCUGCAUUUCAGUUCAGCGUAUUCCUUAGGUUUGGGACUGUAGCUAGGGUUUUAGUGUCCCAUCUCAAAUUCCACGCAACUACUGUCCUUUCGCACCGUUUAUUCCAAUCUCAUUGAUUCAUUUUACAAUCAGUUGUUAAGACGGAUUAAGUUUGGAUAAAUAAGGGGCGGGGUGAUGACAAAGAAGAAGAAUUCUCUGGUGUUUAUGGAUGUGUCCAUAGAUGGGGAUCCUGCUGAAAGGAUGAGUUUUGAGCUCUUCUAUGAUGUUGCUCCAAAAACUGCUGAAAAUUUUCGUGCAUUAUGCACAGGUGAAAGGGGUGUUAGUCCAAAUAGUGGAAAAUCACUGCACUACAAGGGGACUUUCUUCCAUCGAAUUGUAAGAGGAUCCGUUGCCCGGGGUGGUGAUUUUGUGAAUCGAAAUGGGACUGGUGGAGAAAGCAUAUAUGGUUCCAAGUUCCCAGACGAAUCACCUCGGCUAAAGCAUGAUGCUCCCGGCCUUCUAUCUAUGCCUGUUGCUGUUCAUGACACUCUUGGUUCUCAUUUUAUAAUCACUUUUAAAGCUGAUCCCCAUCUUGAUAGGAAACAUGUGGUCUUUGGCAAGCUUGUGCAAGGGCAUAAUAUAUUGAAGAAAAUUGAAGAUGCGGGCAAUGAAGAAGGACUUCCAAGCGUAACUGUUAAAAUAAUUAAUUGUGGCGAACAUAAUGAGGAUGGAAAGAAGAUGAAGAAAUCAAAAAGGGGAAGAGACGGGUUUCAUGAAACCAAUAAUCAUGAACUGCAUAGGGGGAAGAACAAAAAACCUUCAGGAGACAAAAGGAAAAGGAGAAAGCAUUACUCAUCAGAAUCUGAUAGUUCCUCAGAUUCAGACAUGACAUCUUCAGAAAGUGGUUGUGAUUCUGACUCAGAUAUAUCUUCAUCAUCUUACACAAGUUCCUCCAGUGAUGAUAGAAGGAGAAAGAGAAAGAGAUCCAGGAAAGAUAAGCAUAGGCAUCGAAAAAGAAGAGACAAACAUCGAGAGAAGAGACGAAGGAAACAAAACAAAAAGUCAAAGCAUAGAUCAAGAAGGGAAUUGACUACUCAUACUGAUUCAGACAGUGAAAGUAAGAGUGGCAACAACUCCGAUGGUGAGAAUUGUGGUGCUCAACUGAAAGAUCAGAGGCAUAAAGAACAAUCUCAGGGAUAUGCCGAAGGUCAGUAUUCCUUAGUCGUGGAGAAAGAAUUACCUCCCAUGCACCUUAACAAGGAGAAAUUGGAUAUGCUAGAGGAAGAAUUCCCAAAGGAGUAUGAAGAACAAUGUAACAGUGGCACUCGAGCCAACUAUAGAUCUGACAGAAGUGAAAGGAGGCAGCCUGAUGUGAUGGAUGAUCAACCUGGCAAAUCUAGGAGUCCAAGCAUGAGUAUUAGUCCCCGGAGAGAGAGGAAAAGCCCAAGUUGUUCAAAGAUGAGGUUGAGAAGAGGUCCAAGUGGCAAUGGAAGCCAUUGUGCUCCAUCACAGAGUAGCUUGAGUCGGAGUCCGGUUAAAAGCACAAGCAAAAGUCCAAACAGGAGAAACAUAAGUAGAAGCCCAGUGAGAGGUAGGAAGGGGAGAAGUUUCAGUAGAAGCCCUGUAAGAUCUCGUGGACAUAGAAGUGUUAGUGCAAGCCCUGUAAGAUCCCUUUCUCAGAAGCACCAGAAGACUCCACCCAAAACAGCAUCACGAAGAUCAAUCAGCAGAAGUCCUGGAAGAUCCCUUUCUCAGAGUCGCGGAAGGAGUUCACGCAGAGUACCAUCACGGACAUCAAUAAGCAAAAGCCCUGUGAGAAAUCACAACCAUAAAAGUAUUAGUAGAAGCCCAAGAUCUCGUGGUCGGAGAAGUGCGAGUGCAAGUCCUGUAAGAUCCCUUUCUCGAAGCCAACAGAGUUCACCCAAAGCUUCAUCACGAAGAUCAAUCAGCAAAAGCCCUGUGAGAACUCUCAAUCAUAGAAGUGUCAAUAGAAGCCCUCUGAGAUCUCGUGGUCAUAGUCAUAGAAGUGUCGGUGAAAGCCCUGUAAGAUCUCUCUCUCGGAGCCAUGGGAGGACUUCACCAAGAGCAGAAUCACGGAGAUCAAUCGGUAGAAGCCCUGUGAGAACUGACAAUCAUAGAAGUGUAAGUAGAAGCCCUGUAAGAUCUCGUGACCAUAGAAGUGCUAGUGUAAGCCCGGUCAGGUCACUCUCUCGGGGCCACCAGAGGAGUUCAUCUAGAGAACCAUCACGAAGAUCAAUAAGCAGAAGCCCAGUAAAAGUGUCAAGAAAGAGUAUAAGCAGGAGUCCAGUUAGAUCAUCUGCCAGAAACUCUGGCAGAGUUCCUCUAAGAAGUAUUAGCCGAAGUCCAGUUCGAGUGCCAAGCAGAGGUAAUCACCGCAGUUAUUCUAGGAGUCCUCGUGGUAGGAGCUUGUCUAGAAGUCUUUCACCUGAUGUUUCCCCAAAACGUAUCAGAAGGGGAAGAGGCUUCAGUGAACGAUACUCUUAUGCUAGAAGGUAUAGGACUCCCUCUCAAUCUCCUGUGAGAUCAUACCGCUAUAAUGGAAGAAGCGACCGUGACAGAUAUUCAGAUUACAGAAGGUACUCCCCUAGGCGUAACAGGAGCCCACCACCACGCAGAAGAACCCCACCAAGGUUCCGGAGUAGGAGGAGCAGGACACCAUCUGUAUCACGCAGCCCACCUUAUACAGGUCGACGAUACAGUCGAAGCCGUAGCCCUGUCCCCAGUCGUUCCCCUAUGGCCACUGAUCGACGUCGCGGUGAGAGGAGCCGGUCUUUGUCCCGGAGCAGGAGCCCUUCACGAUCCAGGGCUUCGGUGGAGUCACAAUCUCCACGAAAGAACAGCAGGUCAAGGUCCCGGUCCUCAGAUGGAAAGAAAGGCCUUGUAUCUUACGGAGAUGGUUCUCCUGAUUCAGAUUAAUGGUGAAAUAGUAGUGAAAUCGUCACCUUCAAUGUUAUGUUUGCUUGCUCAAAUUCGCUUAACAUCUCAUAGUUUUCAUUUAUAAACCAGGUUUAGAUCUUUCUUCUAUUAACUUGAAAAUGCUUGCUGAGAGAUAUAAUAGUAUUAGAGUAUGCAAAGACUGUAUAUUUUUCAGUGUAUCCCAAAUGAGAGGGAUUGCUCACUA